AUGGACGUAUCAGACAGUAUGACUGAUUCUAGUUUUGCAGUUGAUGUUCGUGCUCGUCGAAGAAAACUUCACACCGAAGCAGAACAGCGCCGUCGUGAUGCGAUCAAGCGUGGCUUUGAUAGUUUGCUGGAACUUAUUCCUCCAGCUAAAACGGGUGCCGCAAACUCGCACUUUAGAAUGAGCAAAGCCACUGUUCUUAAUCGAUCCAUUUCCAUGAUUUUAAAAGCAUCAAAGAUUCAAACUCAUAAGCGACUGGAAAUUGAAACCCUUCGAAAGAAAGUUCAGGCACUUCAGAUUCUCAAGAGCUAUGAGCGUAUGUCUAGCACUACAACUUACGCAACUGAAACUCAGGACGCCGUAAUUACAGACCAGUUCAAAUUAAAUCUUUUUCAAAUGUUUAUGGAGAGCCUUUUUAUUUCCUUUGACUCCACCGUUUCUGCAUCGGCUCUGCCAGAACUAUCAGAUCAAAUUAUUACGUGGCUCGAGACCAACUGCAAACCGGAGUUUUUGCAUCAAACCAUGGAGCAUUUGUUGGAUGCAGCGUUACACGACGGCUACAAUGCACCGUAUCACCAACAGUGUCCACAACGACCGCCGCCUCAGCAGCAUCAGCCACAGAACACAAUGUACGAAGUACACAAAGGGACAGAAUGCUUGGGUCAGCUCAUGCCAACGCAUCAGUGCGUUCCCAACACAUAUCGCUGCCCGUCACUGAAGCUCUCCAAUAGCCUGGAAGCCGUUCACGAGUCUCCCUUCUCCAUGCCAGAUCCCCUUUCCUCGGAUCAGGGAGUGAUGCACCUGUCCGAUCGAUAUCAACAGCCCAACUGCCACCAACCCCUGUUUAACACUGGCUUCGACCCACACUCCGUCUAUCCUGAACCAUCUCAACAGAACUACGUACGCCCUCAGCAUCCUUCCGUAUUCCCGAUACGCCGUUACCAACCACCCGAAGAUCCCAGUCUUUCCAAUAAGUUCCCCAAUACCACCGCUACUAUUCCGACUACUCAGCGUCAUUCCUCACCCUCGUCAUCUACUGUAGCAACGUCCUCGGUCUUUCAACGGUCUCCAGCCGGUGGUAGUAGCGCCACUGCGCGAAGUCUGGUAGUGGACAGCACGCUUCCUGCACCGCAAUUCCCUCCAGUUCCGCCUUUUGUGUCCUCAGAGGGCGUAUUUGCGCCACCUCAAAUUCAAUACACUAACAGUGGUGGAGGCCGUAUACCGUUGCCCGACGGAUCCUUUGCCAAGCAGAGUCCCUUCUAA